CCCCACCCCAACCGUCCCCGCCUCCUCUCCUACUCGGAGGCUCACGGAGUCCACCAAUCCGAUCUCCUCCCCUAUAAAUCCAGCGCCCCACCUUUCCCCACAAACAACGCAACCCAAAGAUUCCCAGUAUCCCACCACCGCAUUGUGCAUUUGUGAAUUGUGAGUGUCGAAUCCAAGAGUUGGAGUUCGUGUUCGAUGGGGUCGCAGGCGAUAGAGGCGCACAGGGAGGGGGCGGAGGUGUACCACGGGGCGGCGCUGUGCGCGGAGAAGGCGGUGGAGCUCCUCGCGGAGAUCCACAUGCCGCUGGGCCUGCUGCCGCUGGCGGAGAUGGAGGAGGUCGGCUACAACCGCGCCACGGGGUUCGUGUGGCUGCGCCAGAAGAAGGCCAUCACCCACACCUUCAAGCAGAUCAGCAGGCAGGUCUCGUUCGCCGCCGAGGUCACCGCCUUCGUCGAGGACCGCCGGAUGAAGCGCGUCACCGGGGCCAAGACCAAGGAGCUCCUCAUCUGGGUCUCCCUCUCCGACAUGUUCAUCGACAAGGACGACGCCUCCAAGAUCACCUUCAAGACCCCCACCGGCCUCGGGAGGACCUACCCCGUCGACGCCUUCGCCAAGGAGGACGAUGGCAAGGGCAAGGUCCCCGCCGCCGCAGCAGCGGCCAACGGCAAGGAGACCGCCGUCAACGGCAAGGCCAAGUGAGGGUGACGCGGGUUUCUUGCGGGGUUUAAGGUUAACUACCCUCUUAAUUGAUAUACUUAGUCUUCUAAAUAAAAUCACGGCUGCUGUAUUACUACUACUACUCUGCUCCGGUUUUUCACCGAGAGCGUUAUACUCGUGUGUCACCUAUCCUAUUUUUUUGUCUGUUUUAUCAAGCGGGGAUUAAUCUUGUGAACCUUACAGUAGCAUCACGAGAAGUAGAUGACUACCUGAACGAUGUUCAUGAUUUUAGACUUGAAAAUCUUCUCUUGGCCGUAAUUAUAAUUCCUACUCCAUCUACAGUUGUAUUCGCAGACAAGAGUAGCUGUCGUAUUUAAACAUGUUGCUGGUGAGAAAUUUAUGGCUAAAUAGACGGAUUGAACGGACUGUGACCCUUUUAGCCGCGAAGAGUUUGGCAUAAAUUUGUACUGUAGGGAACAUGAUUAAUGAUGUCCUGUGAUCUUACUUAA